AGUUUUUGUGCAACCUCCAGCAGUGAAACACAACACAAACCACAAACCCCCAAACUUCAAGAUGUUCAAAUACAUUGUUGUCCUGAUGGCUCUGAUUGCCGCCGUGUUUGCCGCACCCAAGCCUCAGUUCCUGUAUGCACCGGCGUCCUACAGCUACAGCGAGAGCUACCGUCAGCCAGCUGCUACGGUGUACUCCAGCAGUGCUUACAGUGCUCCGAUCGCUUACACCUCGUACGCUGCUCCUGCCGUGUACAGUGCACCCUAUCAGGCUGCAUAUGUGUACUAA